UCUCUUUCAGUUCAUGGAUUCGCAGAUUUGGCUUCUCUCAGACUCCUCUGAGACUGAAAAGGAUUCCUACCGGGCGCUGGACACGGCAUUUAGGAAGCAGUGUGCGGGGCUGGCCGUGUCUUAUCGAGCUGUCCUGUUCCAGGAUCUCAUUAUGUCUGUGGAAAGGGGGCACUUGAAGCUGUAUUUGAAGGGCUGGCUGCUGUCCACGUACCCGCACGUGGUGUACUUUCGGGGCCACACUCCUCAUCUCAAAAUGGAUGGAGAAGUGACGGUCCUCCGACAUCUGGAAAAGAUGGGUUGCCGGGUCGUCAACCCCUUGCAACCCAUGCUAAGGUGCAUCAACAAGUUCUGGACAUUACAGGAGCUCGCCGGACACGGGAUCCCAAUGCCCGACACCCUGUCGUACGGAGGCUAUUCGGAUUUCGAAGAGAUAAUUGAGCUGGGGGAGUCGAAGCUCUCCUACCCUCUUGUGGUUAAGAACACGCGGGGCUGUCAAGGCAAUGCUGUGUUCCUGGCUGCCGAUAAGGGCCACCUGGUGGGGAUCCAACAUGUGCUGAGGAAGGACAGCCCGUAUCUCUUCCAGAAAUACAUCCAGGAGUCCCAUGGUCGUGACGUGCGAGUCUUGGUCAUUGGAGGCCAAGUUGUGGCGUCCGUGAAACGCAUGGCGAAGGAUGGAAGGCUCCAGAGUAACUUAUGCAGAGGUUCGGAUACUGAAAGCUACACGCUGGAUGAAAGGGAGAGGUAUCUGGCCGUUAGGAUAUCGGAGAUCCUGGACCUGGACAUCUGCGCCAUCGACCUUUUGUUGCGUAAAGACGGAUCGCUGUGUGUGUGCGAGGUGAACUCCAAUCCAGGAUUUAUCCUCCUCGAAAGAGCUUGCAACGUAGACUUGGCCUCCAGGAUAGCUCAGCAUAUAUUGUCCCUGCUUCCCAGACACAGGAAUCUGCAGUAACCAUGUAACACCCUGACCUUUUCUUCUCAAGACCAUGAAACAAGUCGAACGUCCUUCUGUCUCCUGAAAUCAUGGCCGCCUUCCGGAAUUUUCAGAAUACUGGGUGCUAAUUAAUCUACGUACAUGGCCCGUUGAGAGAAUUUGAGAUGAGUUGAGUUGAAAUUGGUAAAACAUGGACCUGAUCUCUGGAUUCCAAUAAAUUACUUAGAUAAUAGGAAAAAUAA